AUGGCCAACCCCGAUGGUGAUGGCACCCAGCUGCCAAGCCCGGAACCAACCCGCCACGAAACAGCGCUCGUACUGAGCACCCAAGCCCGAUCGGACGUUGCCAUGACCAAACUUGCAUUUAUCACGGCGGAUCUCGCUCGAAAGAGAGAAGAGCUCGAGCAGUUCGCCAUCAGUGCAAAAGUUUUACAAGAGGCACUCGAAAAGAAUGCUGCCGAGCGACAGCAGCUCAUGGCUGAAGUUUAUGGGUUGACGAACAACGAUUACAACGACAUCAACGACACCGACCCCAAGGUAGCGAGUCUUGAGGAAAAGGUUGCAAUGUUGGAAGCCGAAGUUGCAGAACUCGAAGCAAAGGAGCGAGAAAUGACUAUGAUCUGUGCUCACGCCUCCAAGGGUGCCGCCUCCGCCGGCGACAAAAACGACAAUGACGACUCAUGGAUGGCGAUGAAAGUGACAGCUCAUGGAAUGACGACCCACGGGAUGAUGACGAAAGUGCAGACCCAUGGGGUUUGA